CACUGCCCGUCGACACAACACGGCGGCGGUCCACAUACUUGGCUAAUCAGAGACUCAUCGUACAGCACUCAGUCUAGGCUUCUUCAGCCUGGCCGUCGCAUCGCUCGCUAUGGAUCUUGAUGCACCAUUUCCUGCGUCAUUGCAGGACACCGUCAUUGAAGUCCCACCAGAAACUGCCCCAGUCUUCGACACCGCUAGGGACGCUGCGGAGCAAGUCUUUCGCUUCCUCGAUCUUCCUCGCGAACUUCGCGAUCAAGUGUACUAUCACGUCUUCGAAAUCCCAGACUCACGGUCCCCGCGCGCGCUCCGUAUCGAACGCCGCCAUUUGACAUACUUCAAGUCCACCCCAGGGGCAAUUCUUCUGGUGCUUCAUCAAGAAGAUAUGCUCUGGAAUCGUCAAGUAGCGCGCGAGGCGUUAGAGGUGUUUCUCAAGAAGCAUACCGUGUUUCUCUCAUGCGGACCGUUUGUCUUGAUGAAAUUUCUAAAGAUGAUUCAAGAAGGACCCUUGGUGCGCCACGUUGAUGAUCCUGUUGGACCCGAAGUACUGAGCUGGUUGAAGCGCAUCGAGCUUGACUGGGUCACAUUUCCCAACCUGAGAUUUUACCCCCCAUGGCGUUGGGACGACUCCCAGUCGUGUUCGGAACGGUCAGCCUACCGCCUCAAAUUAGGUGGUCCACAACCUAGAGAAAGCCAAACCGAAACUUCCUGGGACUACGCUGGAGAUAGCAGCGAAUACUAUGACGACAACUACUACGAAGACCGAAGCGGGUGGCCGGACUACUCUUGGGAACAGUUUUACGAGGAUGCUCAAGAUGUACAAGACGUGCGAGAGGACGGCAACGCAGAAGAUCAAGACUCUAGCGAUCCUUUUGGCUUCGACGGGCAUUACCCGUUUUCUGACCCUACCUCAGGGCCACAAUGGGAGGAGUCUACCCCCACUGAUGCGCGCACCGCACUCGAUCGCCUUGAGACAUACGAAGUCAUGCCGUUGUUCGCGUUCUUGUCGACUCCACCUAUCGCCCUCACAAGCAUCACCAUACCCUUGUUCUUCGUGUCCCGGCCGAAGUACCACAGCCGUGCCUCACUACCGGCAGACAUGAAACUCCCUCUACGUAUCCGCUACUGGACCAAGGUCAUCGCAUCUGCCCUCUACAUGCUUCUUAAUCCAACCGAAAAUCAACCACCGCAAGAAGUUCGCAUCCGGUACUCACCGUACGAUAUCUGGGCAUCGCUGGAACCUACCGACGACCUGUUGAAGUUUGAGAAGGAGGGGUUGUGGAAUGCGCAGGGUGAAUUCAACUUUAAACCCGGAGACGGCGAGGGCGAGGCCUUUAGGGCUGUGCAGACGGAACUAUGGGAGCAAGGCGUGGAGUUGGGCCCAAGGGUAGUGGACGUGAAGGCACGCGUCGUGAAGUGGUCGAUGGAGACGGGUGGCGAGAAACCAGGAGACGAGCUUGAGUUGGUGUUCACGAAGAAGGAGAUGAUUGAGAAGGAGGAACUGGAGCCUAAAAUUGUGCCUCCUAAUCGGCGCGGCUCACCAGUCUAUCAGUAGGGCGAGGAGAGGAGGAGGUAGCAGGACGAUUUGUAAGAUUUGAUACCAUUAGUGGUAUGAUCUCAAGAGUUGGAUGAGGUCUGUAAAGUACACUGUAGCAUAGGAAUCAAACCCCAAGUACACGGAU